AUGGCUUUGGGCAUCAUCCGUGAAUGUGCCCCAGUUUUGGAGGCCCUCAAUGUGCUGGUGAAUAAACCAGACCUGGGGCAGCCCCUUCGCCUGGAGCUAGCUGACCAGCUGACACAGGACCCGGAGCUGUUCAACAGAAGGGCCAGAGAGUUCACCCUCCAGUUUGGAGUGGACCGGCCCUCCUAACUCUGCCUCAGACCCACCUCUGCACUGGAUGCUUUCUGUGUGAUGGAUGGACACAUGGCAUGGGCGAGGGGCCAGAGCCCCUUUGUGGUCCAUUUCCUGCUCAUUUCUCCAAGUUUUCCAUCUUAGAUCGUUAGUCGUUUGUGUGUGUGCGCGCGCGUGUGCGUGCGUGUGCGCGCGCGCGCGUGUACGUGUGCGGGGGCGGGGCCACAGUUAUGUGUGUGGUACGUGGACCCACUGGCCUCAGGUGUGCGUUCCCCACUUCCUUUCUCUGCGCGAGAGCCAGGGGCAUUUAGGUUUUGCAGAGUCGCAGGCCAGCUCUCCAGAGCUCUGUGAUGUGAGAAUCCUGAUCCCCCUAGUCACUCUAUCUUAGAGACUCGGGCUGCCUUGCAGGCCGGCUGGCAGGAAAUGAGCCCAGCAGCCCACCAGAAUCCGCUGAGGGCCCAGGCAUGGGGGUGCAGGCAGGGCAGAGGGGCAGCGGGUAGUAUGGGAGGGAGGCAGGGCACAGGGAGGAGAGACUCCUACCUACAGUUGAGUGCUUUGUUGAUUGAGUGAUUGAAAACAGCCAGACCGCUGAUAGACAUGUAUAGAUGCAAACCCUUUUCUCUUCCACUGAUGAAUCAUAAAGUGAAGAAACUAAUCUCCAUCCAAGAAAUCUGACUACAUGGGGUUUUGUUGUUGUUUUUUUUCUUUUAAUUUUUUUUUUUUUUUUUUUUUUGCCACACAACCAGGGAUCCGACCCACAGCCCCUGCAGUGGAAGCGCAGGGUCUUAACCACUGGACCGCUGGGGAGAUCCCCUGACUACACGGUUUUUAAACCACUUGCUAUCCCAUUAGGUUGCUGGUUCCUAGGGACCAGGCUUUAGGCGGGGAGGUGUUUCCCUUCCAGCUUCCAGUCCACGGGAGCCACGGAGAGCAAGUGUUUGCCCAGCUAUUAAAGUCACAGAUGGACUGUGGAGUCCAACUGAGUGUUCACUGAGGGGACGGGUGGUUCAUCGGGAGAAGAGGAGGCUGGGGGUUUAGCUGCAGUCUAGUUAAAGGUGUGACCCUGCUUUCCAUCAGCUGAGGGCUCGCUGGGCGUGGAGCCUUGUGUGACCCCAGGCAUUGUGGGGAAAGCUGGCCAUGAGGGACUAGACCACCCUUGGCCUGAGCGAUUGUCAACACAUCCACAAGGAUAACAUCCCCAUUUUUAGAGAUGAGGCAACCAAGGCACAGAGCGCUUCAGUGGCUUGCCAGGUCCACUCUGCUGAUCAGGGCAGAGGCCACACCUCCAGCUGCAGUGCCAAGCUGGCUGGGUUUUGUUUUUGUGUUUUUCAUGAACUGUUCUCAUCAGCGCACGUGCUCCAAAUGGCUGAUAGAGCCAGACAGGAUUGUUAGCGGGAAAUUAUACUCAGCUCCAGGGUUCAUCUCUAGUGAACAGCAGAGAAACAAAAACAAGCCAAAACUCUAGCCAGGGUUGGAGGGAUUAACUUAGCACAAAGGAGGAGCUUUCGGGGUGCAGUGGUUCUAAGCUCCUAGAAGACCACUGGCUUUUAAGAGACAGACUAUGGGGUAUCUUUGAGUCAGGGGAAUCACUCCAGGCCCCACUAGCCUAGUUGGGGUGAGAUUUGUAGAGAAUCUUCUACUCUAGUCCCUGCCCUGGAAUUCCCUAAUCUGGGAGAAGUGUGGAAAAAGGGAAGAGAACUGGGAAAGUGCCACCCAUGGCUGGAAAUGUAAGAUGUGCUGUUACUUUGGGCCACCACUUAAAGAACACCUAUGUGACGGGCCCCGGGCAAGGCUGUUUGUCCUUUUCAUGAUGUCAUUUAACGCUCACAGCACCUGCAUGAUUUUGAGCUCCUCUCAUCCCCAUGCAGACGGUAAACUGAAGCUCAGAGAGGUUCACU